AUGUUUUAUGGCAGAAUAAAUGCGAACUUCGCCGCAUCCUCGCUCCGGGUCGCUCGCGCAGCCACACCGCUGAUGCUGGAGUUUCUACCGAACCUACAGCUGGUUUGCAGUUUCCCCAUUUCCAGCCGAAAUCACAUAGGCGGGCGGAUGCCACCUGGUAAACUCAAGUUAGAGAAUCAAUUUCACAUGCGCGCCAGGCUCGGGGACCAGUUCUACAAGGAAGCCAUCGAGCACUGCCGCAGCUACAACUCGCGGCUCUGCGCAGAGCGCAGCGUGCGCCUCCCCUUCCUGGACUCGCAGACCGGGGUGGCUCAGAACAACUGCUACAUCUGGAUGGAGAAGAGGCACCGCGGCCCAGGCCUCGCCCCGGGCCAGCUGUACACAUACCCUGCCCGCUGCUGGCGUAAGAAGAGACGAUUGCACCCGCCUGAGGAUCCAAAGCUUCGGCUGCUGGAAAUAAAACCUGAAGUGGAGCUGCCCCUGAAGAAGGAUGGCUUCACCUCGGAAAGCACCACCCUGGAAGCCUUGCUGCGGGGUGAGGGUGUGGAGAAGAAGGUGGAUGCCAGAGAGGAGGAAAGCAUGCAGGAAAUACAGAGGGUUUUGGAAAAUGACGAAAAUGUAGAAGAAGGAAAUGAAGAAGAAGAUUUAGAAGAGGAUAUCCCCAAGCGCAAGAACAGGACCAGAGGACGGGCCCGGGGCUCGGCAGGUGGCCGGAGGAGGCACGAUGCUGCCUCUCAGGAAGACCAUGACAAACCUUACGUCUGUGACAUCUGUGGCAAGCGCUACAAGAACCGGCCCGGACUUAGCUACCACUACGCUCACACUCACCUGGCCAGCGAGGAGGGGGAUGAAGCUCAGGACCAGGAGACCCGGUCCCCGCCUAACCACAGAAAUGAGAACCACAGACCCCAGAAAGGACCGGAUGGGACAGUCAUUCCCAACAACUACUGUGACUUCUGCUUAGGGGGCUCUAACAUGAACAAGAAGAGUGGGCGGCCUGAAGAGCUGGUGUCCUGUGCAGACUGUGGACGCUCUGCUCAUUUGGGAGGAGAAGGCAGGAAGGAGGAGGCAACGGCCGCAGCACGCACCACGGAGGACUUAUUCGGUUCCACGUCAGAAAGUGACACGUCAACUUUCCACGGCUUUGAUGAGGACGAUUUGGAAGAGCCUCGCUCCUGCCGAGGACGCCGCAGUGGUCGGGGUUCGCCCACAGCAGAUAAAAAGGGCAGUUGCUAA